AUGGCGGGCUCACACUACCCACCGCUUCCUCAAGGCCAUCCCUGUCUUCUGCCGACCGAGAGCGUAUUUGACGCGUCCAGGGCCCCUAUUGGAGGCGGCCGCGAUGUCGUCCAGUCUCUUCCUCAAGUCUCCAGCCGCCUGAUCGCGGGCGAUGACCACAGUGCGAUGCGCGGUGUGCCCAACGAAAUCAUCGCGCUCUUCCUGCGCUUCGCGCUGGAGACUGCCAAGCAGGAUCGCAGACGUCAAGGACACCACUUCGCCGAGACAGACCCCUUCCUCCUCAACACUCUUCGCUUGGUAUGCACGUCAUGGAACGACAUCGCCCUCUCCACCCCACAGCUUUGGCGCGGCCUCGAGCUGAACCUCGACCUCUGGAAGCCUAACCACUUCUCCGCCAACCUCGCCCACUUUGCUGAUACAUGGUUCAACCGCGCGGGGGAGCGAGCACCACUGCGUCUACAUAUCGUGGGGCAGGGUACGCCAGUGCUGCGCAAGUUCGAAAGCAGUAACUGGGCGAGCUUCUCAGGACAGUUGCUCCACAUCCUCAUGGGCACCGAUCGCAAUUGGGUAGAGUGGCAUUUUGAUUCCGCUCCCCUGCACAGGGCGUGUCUUCGCAAGGGAGGGCUGGAGUAUGCGUGGGGCUUUCUAGGUCUCGGGGACGUCGUCCCACCAUGGACCAAUCUGAAGAGUCUUUCGCUGGACCUCUCGGAUGACGACCGUGGACCUCUCCAUGUCCGUGGUUACGGCCUGUUUUGGACCCCAGAGUCACUUCCCGCACUUGAAAGCCUUCAUGUUCGCUCCAAGCCCACCACUCCUGUUACUCUCGACACCUUCCCACCUCACCUUCGUUCUCUGCAUCUCACCGACUGUCUCGAUCUCCUACCUUGUGCCCUCAGUAACCUUCCAUUGCUUGAGGAACUGGUUGUCGAGUCGACGGACCCCGAUGCUGCUGUUCCAGCAUUUGGGCUGUUGUCAGAGGAUGGGUUAGAGCCACGUGCCCUUGAGCGACUCGUCUUCAUUGGGCGCGGGGCGGCUGCAAGUCUUGUCGAUGCCGUUCCUUCUCACUUCACCUUCCCUUUCUUGAAGGUACUUCAAUUGGCUGGGGUUUCGUCUGGGAACGCCGAGAGGGAGUUAGAUGGGUCAUUGCUUGGCGCCGCGCUGAGUCGACUCCUUGAGAAGUGCGAGUCUCCAGAGGUGACUGUAUCUUUGGAAGAUAGCGGACUCUCAUCUGGUGCGAUGCAUGCCCUUUUGGACUCACUCCACUCUGGCUCCGACGAUCGAUCCUCCUGUGGAGUUCACCUUCGUUUGGAUUGUCCCGUGCCAUACCCCACCUUCUAUCACACCGAGGAACAACGCCAAUCACCCUCUUUCCCCAUCAAGAGUGUUGCAUUGAGGUGCGCAGCACGCCACGCCGAUCUGUUGUCCUUCCUUGAGGGGAGGAUCUUCCACAUACCCACUGGGAUGGAUUCACACCACACGAAAGUCUUCGUUCCGCGUCUUCCUGAGCUCCAGCGGCAAGGGGUCGCGGGGAGUUAUCAGGGACUUGAUAUUGAGCACCUGAACUCCGUUUCGCUCGACGCUCUCUUCACGUACGACAUUUUUGGUCAUCAGUAUCAUUUGGCUUUAGACUCUUUCGCGCUUUCAAAGGACAAUGUUUCACCUUCAUCUUCGGACACUGCUUCAAUCACGGUUUAAGUUAUAACCUUUCUUUAUUAUCGUUGGGGAUAUCGGUUUCGGUUUUAUUUAGGGAAUUGGUUUCGCGGAUAUUACUUAUUACAUACUGGCCUGUUACUGGCCUGUUACUGACUUUUCUUUA